CGCCGCGGGGCAGGGCCGCGGGCGCGGGGCUCCGGUGGCCGCUGAUGGGAGGCGGCGUCCAGGCGGGCAAGCAGCGACUGCGCCGGGGCCACCAUGGGAAACAAGCAGACCAUCUUCACCGAAGAGCAGCUAGACAACUACCAGGUGGAAGCGUGACCUUGGGCUGGUGACUUCUCCGAGCCUCAGUUUCCCCACUCGUGGAAUGAGAGCGCUUUCAAGUUAGAAGAUUCUCCAAGGCGUGCCUCGCUCCAGCUACCCCUUCUUCCCUCCCCAAUUCAGCCUUCUUACUCUUGUACCCGGGCUGGACCCCAACCCCUCCCCAGCCUCCCAUCCCAGCGCCCACCUUGGCAGGGAGAUGGAGAGUCAGCAAAUGUGGGCCGGACGGAGGACCCCGUUUCUCCUCCUCCAAUCCCGGGAAGCAGCCCAGGAGAAGUCUCUCCAUCUGGCCCAGCAUGGAAAUAAUUGGAGCAAGAAGGCAAGCCAGGACUGCACCUUCUUCAAUAAGAAGGACAUCCUCAAGCUCCAUGCACGGUUCUAUGAGCUGGCCCCUAACCUCGUCCCGAUGGACUACAGAAAGAGCCCCAUUGUCCACGUGCCCAUGAGCCUCAUCAUCCAGAUGCCGGAGCUCCGGGAGAAUCCCUUCAAGGAAAGGAUCGUGGAGGCUUUUUCCGAGGACGGCGAGGGAAACCUCACCUUCAAUGACUUUGUGGACAUGUUUUCUGUGCUCUGUGAGUCGGCUCCCCGCGAGCUCAAGGCAAACUACGCCUUCAAGAUCUAUGACUUCAACACCGACAAUUUUAUCUGCAAGGAGGACCUGGAACGGACACUGGCCCGGCUCACGAAGUCAGAGCUGGACGAGGACGAGGUGGUGCUUGUAUGCGAUAAGGUCAUCGAGGAGGCCGAUCUGGAUGGCGAUGGCAAGCUGGGCUUUGCUGACUUUGAGGAUAUGAUCGCCAAGGCUCCUGACUUCCUCAGCACUUUCCACAUCCGGAUCUGAGGACAGUGCAGGUCGCAAGGGCCCAGAAGCCCACCAUCCAGCUCUGCUCUCUCCACGAGUGUGACCUCCAAGCUCCCCAGGAAAGGAGCUGUGGCCUCCGGGGUUUACACCCACGAACAUUUCCUGGGCCCUUCAGCAAAAAAUCCUUAACCAGGGAAGGGAGGAUGUGAGGAGUAGGGCCCUUCCCAUGUCUCCUGUGGUCUGGCCCCAGGACCCAUGGCCCCUCCUCAGGCCCUCACUCUGUCCCCCCGACCUCCCCUACAUCCUGGUCCUCUCCCCAUCAGAAAUGGCCACACUGAGAGGGGAAGGCAAAACACCUAACAGGGCAGGGGGUACUGACUUGUCUAAGUGCCAGGCAGACAUGCCAGUCCCCCAGGGCAAAGAGGGGAAAAAAAAAAAAAGAGAGGACAAGGUUU